UCUCUCUCUCUCUCUCUCUCUCUAAACUUAAAAAAAAAAUCGCUCCAAUGGUUUGAUCACAUUGCACAAACAUAGUUUUGCUGGAAUGGGGAAGAAAGGGAAUGGUGGAUGGUUCUCAACGGUGAAGAAGAAGGUCUUUAAAUCCUCUCCUAAAGACUCAAAGAGAGAAAACAACAUUAGCAACAACAACGCCGACAGGUGGCAUCGGCAAAACGACUCGCAAGAAGUCGUGUCUUUUGAAAAGUUUCCGGAGGAAAGUUCGCCGGAGAUCUCCCAUGAUGUCGAGAGCAUAGCUUCUACUCCCGCAACGAUCGUUGGAGAGAGAAAACAUGUCAUGGCUGAGGCUAUGGCCACGGCAGCAGCAGCUGAAGCCGCCGUUGCAGCCGCACAAGCCGCGGCCACAAUCGUUCGUCUUGCUGGCUAUAACCACCUGACAAAGAAAGAUACCGCCGCGGUGCUCAUCCAAUCUCACUACAGAGGCUACUUGGCGAGACGAGCACUUCGUGCCUUAAAAGGACUAGUUAGGCUACAAGCAUUGGUACGUGGUAACCACGUACGAAAACAGGCACAAAUGACCAUGAAAUGUAUGCAAGCUCUGGUCCGUGUCCAAGGCCGAGUGAGAGCGAGAAGGCUUCAAGUGGCUCAUGACCGGUUUAAGAAACAAUUUGAAGAAGAAGAGAGGCGAUUUGGGAUAGAAACAUCAAACAAAGGAUCUGCGAAUGUCCAAACCGAACGAGAAAAACUGAAGAAAUUGCACGAAGUGAACCGAACCAGGCUGUACCAAACUCCAGUAGAGGAGAAAGAGAAGAGUCAAGGAAUGACGGAAAGAGAGAGGGCUCUUGCUUAUGCAUACACCUACCAGCGGCAAAGGCAAUACACAAAUGAUGGCGAGGCAAUAGGAUUUUCUGUCAAUGGACCUGAUAGAACUCAAUUCGCUUGGAACUGGCUCGACCAUUGGAUGUCUUCCCGACCAUACACAGGCCGUCAAACCGCCCCCGGUUUCAGUCCCGGCCCUGGAGCGUACAAUCCUCCUCCCUAUCCGCCUUUCCUCACAGCUGCAGCAACCACGGCUGGUACCAGCACACCCGAUGAUGUAUCGGAGAAAACGGUGGAAAUGGACGUGACCACUCCUACUAGCCUCAAGGACAGGAUAAUCGGUCUGAUUGAUCGAGAGUAUACAGACUUGGGAUCAUAUAGACAAGCCCAUAAUCAACGUAAAAGCCCAACCCGUGUACCAAGCUACAUGGCUCCAACUGCAUCUGCAAAGGCUAAAGUUCGUGACCAAGGCACGACCGUCAAGCUUCAAAGUACUUCUUUUAUGCCAAAUUGGAACUCCUCGACCAAAAAUGGUUCGAUUAAUGGAUCUGGCUGUGGCUCGUCAAGUUCUUGUGGAGAAGUAACAACCGGUUAUCCCGGUCCGAGGAGUCCUAAACCCAAAACGGACAUCCGACGUAAACCCGUUAGUCCUAGUCAUAGUCCUACCGGAUACGGGAAGAGAAGCUGGAGGCAUGAUCAUUAGAAGAAGUAUCUGAAUCUUUUUUUGGUUUCUUGGAAUAAAAGCUUACCGUAUGUGUGGUUGGUUAAUUUACGAGUCCGAGUAUAUCUUAUUUGUUAUAACUGUAUAUGACAUUAAUAAACGAACACGUCUUCUCUAGUAGGUCAGAGCAAUAUUUCAGUCGU